GCAGAGAGGAGAGCGCGAGCCGGGAGGGCAGCAAGGCGGCGAGCGUGCAGCCGGAGAUCGGGCUGGGCGACUGCACCCGGUGCUGGCUGCGCGACGCCGCGCUGCUCUCGGCUCGGACGGCCUCUCUCAUGCGCUGAGGGCUCCCGGCUGGGCCGGGCGGGCGGCCGGACGCAAGGAUCCUCUCCAUGGUCCAGAAGAGCGGCAUGUCCCGGGGCCCUUACCCACCUUCCCAAGAGAUCCCCAUGGAGGUCUUCGACCCCAGCCCACAGGGCAAAUACAACAAGAGGAAAGGGCGGUUCAAAAGAUCAGAUGGGAGUACGUCCUCGGAUACAACCUCCAACAGCUUUGUCCGACAGGGCUCAGCCGAGUCCUACACGAGUCGCCCAUCAGAUUCUGAUGUGUCUCUGGAGGAGGACCGAGAAGCCUUAAGGAAGGAGGCAGAACGCCAGGCCUUAGCCCAGCUGGAGAAAGCCAAGACCAAGCCGGUGGCUUUUGCUGUUCGGACAAAUGUUGGCUACAAUCCAUCUCCAGGGGAUGAGGUGCCCGUGCAGGGAGUGGCCAUCACCUUUGAGCCCAAGGACUUCCUGCACAUCAAGGAGAAAUACAACAAUGACUGGUGGAUUGGGCGGCUGGUGAAGGAAGGUUGUGAGGUUGGCUUCAUCCCUAGCCCAGUCAAACUGGACAGUCUUCGCCUACUACAGGAGCAGACCCUGCGCCAGAAUCGGCUUAGCUCCAGCAAGUCAGGUGACAACUCCAGUUCCAGUCUGGGAGACGUGGUGACUGGCACCCGCCGCCCCACACCCCCUGCCAGUGGUAAUGAAAUGACUAACUUAGCCUUUGAGCCAGACCCCCUAGAGUUAGAGGAUGAGGAGGCAGAGCUAGGGGAGCAGAGCGGCUCUGCCAAGACUAGCGUGAGCAGCGUCACCACGCCGCCACCCCAUGGCAAGCGUAUUCCCUUCUUUAAGAAGACAGAGCAUGUGCCCCCCUAUGACGUGGUGCCUUCCAUGAGGCCCAUCAUCCUGGUGGGACCAUCGCUCAAGGGCUAUGAGGUAACAGAUAUGAUGCAGAAAGCGCUAUUUGACUUCCUGAAACAUCGGUUUGAUGGCAGGAUUUCCAUCACUCGGGUAACCGCCGACAUUUCCCUGGCCAAGCGCUCAGUCCUCAACAACCCCAGCAAACACAUCAUCAUCGAGCGCUCCAACACGCGCUCCAGCCUGGCUGAGGUGCAGAGUGAGAUUGAGCGGAUCUUCGAGCUGGCCCGGACCUUGCAGCUGGUUGCCCUGGAUGCGGACACCAUCAACCACCCAGCCCAGCUCUCUAAAACUUCACUGGCUCCCAUUAUUGUUUACAUCAAGAUCACGUCGCCCAAGGUACUGCAGAGGCUCAUCAAAUCCAGAGGGAAGUCUCAAUCCAAACACCUCAAUGUCCAAAUAGCAGCCUCAGAGAAGCUGGCACAGUGUCCUCCCGAAAUGUUUGACAUAAUACUGGACGAGAACCAAUUGGAAGAUGCCUGCGAGCACCUGGCUGAAUACUUGGAAGCCUACUGGAAGGCCACACACCCGCCCAGCAGCACGCCACCCAAUCCGCUGCUGAACCGCACCAUGGCUACCGCGGCUCUGGCUGCCAGCCCUGCCCCCGUCUCCAACCUCCAGGGACCCUACCUUGCUUCCGGGGACCAGCCGCUGGACCGGGCCACUGGGGAGCAUGCCAGUGUGCACGAAUACCCCGGGGAAUUGGGCCAGCCCCCAGGCCUUUACCCCAGCAACCACCCACCUGGCCGGGCAGGCACCCUGCGGGCACUAUCCCGCCAAGACACGUUUGACGCUGACACCCCCGGCAGCCGAAACUCUGCCUACACGGAGCCAGGAGACUCGUGUGUGGACAUGGAGACAGAUCCCUCAGAGGGCCCAGGGCCUGGAGACCCUGCAGGGGGAGGCACACCACCUGCCCGCCAGGGCUCCUGGGAAGAUGAGGAAGACUAUGAGGAGGAGAUGACCGACAACGAGAACCGGGCCCGGAAUAAGGCCCGCUACUGUGCGGAGGGUGGUGGGCCGGUUCUGGGGCGCAAUAAGAAUGAGCUGGAGGGCUGGGGACAAGGCGUCUACAUCCGCUGAGAGGCAGGGGCAGUUUUGGAAGAGGAAAGGCUCUGAGCCCCGGGGAGGGCAGGGCAGAGGGGCGCACCACCCGAGACGUGUCUUGCCUCUAGGGGGCGCUAUGCGUCUCCUUUUCAAGAUGCCUUUGCUCAAAGCUUGGGGUUUCUUUGGUGGUUAUCAUCCCAACUCUUGGGAGGUUCUUAAUCCCCAACUGUAGGUUUUUCUCUAAUGCUGUGGGUGGAUGGGGGGAAUACCUAUUUUCUGAAGUGCCCCCCUCUCCCCAUCUUUGGGGGCUUUCUCCCUCCCAGAGAAAAGGUGCACUUCCUUAACUCUUUCUACUCCGGGCUGUAAGUGAAGGUCCUAAUGGGGGGUGGGGGUGGGGCUUCUUUUUACCAACACAGGGGUAUUUGGGAAAGGUUGGGUGCUUUUCCUGAAGAGAGCCCCCCUGAAUCUUCCCCAAACAUUAGACCCAGGAUCCCCCACCAUGUCUAUCCCAUAACCCUAGUUUACUAGCAGCAUUCUCGGGUAGGUGAAAGCCACAGCUUGGAAACCCUGGGGAGCA